CGGGCUUCCAACCUGAUUGGUUGUGGUUGUACGAGACGCUAUUUACCUGUCUUGGAGUUUGUCUUCCUUUCAUAGCCUUCCAACAAGCAAUUCUUAGCUAUACAGAAUAUGCAUCAUCACAACUUCAUUUGAACACCUGGGCUAUUAUCCGAAGCUUCAAGCUACUAUGUUCUUUCCUUGGGUUAGAUGCUUCUUAUAAGGUCUUAUUUUUUUAUUUUUUUUUUCAACCUAACCAUUCCCUUUAGCUCGCAAAGUUGUGGGUUUAUCUCUUUUCGAGAUAACCCGAAUAGGAGAAUUUUCAAUCUCUUCGAAGAAUCUUAUCACGAUUUUAAGGAGAGAUUCUUCAAGGUUGAGAGAGUAGAUGGAACUAGACCUUUUUUCAUGACCAUGGAAGAUGAAAAAAGGUUUAACUUGUAUUGGAACUUUAACGUCUUCUCCGCUAAAAUCCAACUUCAAGGCAUUAACUCUUCCAAAUUUGCGAGUAUUCAAAUGCUUUUAGAACUUUGCAAUCAUCAAUCUUUGAAUCUUCGAACCAUUCUGGCUGACGAGCAUACUGCUCAAAAUUUUGUUGUUGACAUGGUUGGAUGUCUGGAAGCUAUCAUAGCAAUGAAAAGGAGGUCGGCAUCUUCCGAGGCCAACAUCGUUACUAACACAAGUAGUGGAGAUAGAAUUUCUUCUUUCACCAUAAUGAGCAACGUCCCUCUUCCUCUUAAGUAUGACACAGGAGCUGGUCCCGAGUUUCAUAAUGUAAACAAUCUUGCUCCCAUCAAUUCCCCCAAAAAGAAAAAGCAAAUGAAAAGGAAAAGUCAUAUUGAAGAAACAGGAACUCCUCUUCCGACUUCCUUUGGUUGUAUCUUGAAAAAAGAAUUCCAAUCUCUUGAGUUCAUUGAUGAGUAUCUCCUAAUUGAUAUGACUAAAUCUUGUUUAGCAAAACUUUCUCUUGAGAAGACAAUGCCUCAAGUUCAGAGGAUGUUAUUUCGUUCAGCUGCUUCUAUCAGAUAUGGUGAGAAAGAUGUUUCUAACUACUGAUCUGAAUUUUCAAAGGAGGAAAAAGAAUUGAAAGAGGCCAGAUCACAGGUCUAAAAGUUGAAUGAAUCCUUAACGAGCAUAAAGAAAAAAAUUAGGGACUUGAAUCUAAAGUUGAAACUCUAGAAGAGGCAAAGAAAGUCCAUUGCUAUAGAAGAAAAUUUUAAGAAGCAGAUAACCAAGCUUAUGAAGCAAAUUGACGAUCUCUCCAUAUCGGUCAAGAAAUCUGAGCAAGCUGUCGUGGAUGGAGUUUUUUAUGUUGAAAGGAAUAUGCUUGACCAGAUCAAACUUAUAGCUCUCGACUUGGAUGUCUCCAAAGUCGGUGUCUUCAAAAAAGUUGUUGAUGGAAAAAUAGUUUAUGUACUUUAAUUCUCUUUCAUAAAUUUUUUUAAGUUUUCUUUCACUUAGCUUCCGAGUUUGUCUUUUGUCUUUUUUAUCAGACUGAUUCCCAUCUUCUCAAAAAUUUAUUUAUCUGCUGUAAACCAACAUUUUAUUUAGAUUGUUAUCUAAAUUUCAAUUGCCUUUACUCUGCUUCAUUAUGUGUUACCAUUUUUCUAGUUUUGUUUUGAAAACGCUUUGUCAACACGUGAGUCUUCCCGUUAUUCCGGGUUUUCAGCUUUAAUCUAUACAAACAAGUUAUGAACCAUGCAAUAAUUGAUAAUUGCGUCAGAAAAUGGAUUGUAUUUCUAAUGGAAUUGAAUAUAAAAUACUCAAAGUAAGGCCUCAUAAAAACCUAGAUAAAUAGAAAAGUAGUGUCUUUAAUUCUUAACACCUAAAGAAAAUUUAUUAGGAAAAAUAUUUA